CUGAAAUGUACGUCUGCGCACAGUGUCUACGCAAAUAGGAACGAUGGCGAUGGACAAUCUGUGGAUGUGAGACUGAGAAAAUGUUUGAGUAGAUGAAAACAAUAUAUCGCGUUCAUGAGUGAACCAAGGCUUUUCGCGUUCUCGAGCAAAUCAACAAAUCUCUUGAGGAGUCGAGAGUUUGCUCGAGAUGCUAUUUUGUCUUGGUUUAUUCGCUAUACUUGUGUAUGAGACAGUAUUUGCAAGUGCAGUGUGCAGCCAGACUUUUACAGAGGCGCCGGGUCACAUCGAAGCCAUCUCCAGACGCUAUAAACGCCUUGGUCACACUCGUUGUCAGUACCUGAUCCGAGCGCCAGCCCACACCACCAUCAUGCUCAACUUCACGCACCUGUACGAUGAAGGAGCGCGUGUCCUGUGUCUGCCAGAGGUGCGAAUCAUCGAAGUUUGGUCCCACCAUAAAGAGAGUCAGAUGGGUGUGUUGUGCCCUGCCCAUCACAAUUUCCAAGGUCCACAAGUCUUUCAAUCGAGGGCGUCCCUUCUGAGGGUGACGUACGAAUGGCCACCUAACAUGGAGAGUGGGUUUAGUUUAUAUUUCAAAUUCCAGAAGAUUUCAAAAGGAAAAUCAGUGUCUGGUCUACAUAUUGUCAUCAUUGUCAUAGCCAUAGUGUUAAUGCUGGGACUUAUCAUGUGCAUCGUCAGUCACUACAAGAUGGGGGCAUGGUCAUGGCAUGAAAGAUGGGGCAGACCUCCAAACCCUUCGGAACCUCAAAGCCUUCUACAAGUAACUCCUCUGCAGCAUCUGUCUCAGUCACAACAUACUCACACCCAUGCACCACAUUCCCCAGUACACACCCAUGCACCACAUUCCCCAGUGCUGUAUACUCCUGACAACAUAGAACAACGACAACAGCUAGAGCUUGUUUCCCUGCAGAAUCAACAUGUUAGACAGAAGUCUGUGCAAAUGGACUUUAACCUAGGUUUACCCCCAAUAAUUACUUUGCCUGACGGCGAAGAAUUUCAGUACAAUAGUUCCAAAUCUAUACACAUACAAGGUCCCAGUCAGGACAACGAAAUCAUUAGAACCUGGAUAAAGCCUCCUCCAAACAGAAUAGUGCCAGAAGAUGAGAACCCUCUUUCAUAUCGGUCUAACUCUGUGAGCCUCUUAUCAAAACCAAGUACUCCACCAGUGUUGCGGACUUCAGACACUAAUUUUCUAGUCAAACAUUCAAAUAAUGCUAGUGUAGCUGUUAAUGAUGAUAUUCACAGAAACUUUUAUACAUAUGUGGAGGGAGGCUCUAACUCCUUUCCAACUACACAGCCUAGGUCACCCAAUACCAGAAAUACCACUAGUAAGAGUUUGGAUAGUAGGUCUAAUUCUGGUAGGAGAAUGAAAUCAUUCUUUGAUUUAAUGAGCCCUUUGCCUCGUUACUGCAACCUAACUACCAAUCAAGACCAGUCUAGUGGUUCUUCUGGUGGAGUCUGAUCACUGGUCAUGUUCAGUGAUUGGAAAGUCUUUCUGUGAAAGGAACGUGAUAUGUAGCUAUGCUCAUCAUUCUGCAGGGCAAAGCUUAAUAGAAGCAGAGGCUAUAGGUAGAAAACAACUCCUAGAAGACCAGGAUGAGAACUAAAUAUUGCCAGAGUAACGGGUCAUAGUGGACCACCUUUGGAGUGCCUCAGAUGAUGAUUUGAAUAAACUGAAUACUUAGAGAUCUUUUUUUUUUCCCUCUCUCUUAAAUGUUCUAUCAGCUGUGCACAACCUGUGUAUUAUAUGUUAAAAGGAUAUACUGGUAUGUGUUGAUACUUGAGCUCUUCCUUUUUGUUUUUGUAGAGAAGAUAAAGAUUCUGGUAAAGUGUAUAUCCUACCACAUUAGUUUCAAACAUUGGUGACACCACCCUCUGUUUGUUCACUAAAUGAUGGUGUCUAAGACAUCAGUGAAUAUAAAAAUCCUGUGAUCUGGAUUAAAAUAGUAUUUAUAUACCUGUGUGAGUGAUUAAUGAGCAUGUAAAAAAUAUAGUGACCCAAAAGUAGGAGUCGUGACGUUGAAGAAAUUUUGAACUGAACAGUGCAUUCUAUUGUUGCCAAAAGUUUGGGCUAAAGAAAUGUACAAAAACCUGCCUAAUCGUAAGCUACUGCAGGAAUUGGUGCUAUACUUAUUUAAAGGAUAAGUUAGUUUAUUUGAGAAAGAUGGGCUUAUACCAGAUAACUGUUUACUAGGUGCAUGACACUGAAGAUUCAUGUUAUUAUUAUUAUUAAUGUUGUAGAUAAAAUGCCUUUUCUAAGGUAGUUUCUCUUGUUUUACAGUCUUGCAGAUAACUUUUAUUUUUCUGGAUUUUGAGGUUUUGGAAACUUGUGUGAUCAAAUCCUACAGUAUUUCAUUUUAAAAUCUUAGUUUUUCUUCAAGAAAAGCAAUAGCUUUUGGUUUUCAUAUCCUUUUCUUGCAUUAUUUUUUUAUUGCUCUUUUUUUACUGAAUGUGCAUUAACUGUGAAGAAAAGUGAUCAAUUCAUAGAAAUGACUGAAUGUUCUAUCAACUGUGAUUUUUUUUAACUGUGUAGUUAGUCACUAAUGUUAUAAUGAAUUUGACAGGGUAUAUCAAAGAUAAUUGGAUUCUGCAAUUUGGAAUGACCCAGAAGAGUGUGAUAAGUUUUUCACACAAUUCUGUUCAACAUUUAAUUGAAUUCUUCUAUGUAAGAGUGUAGCAGGAGUACGAGUUACAACCCUGUGCCAAUUAUGUAAAAAAACAGUAGAUAGGAGCAAAAGAUUUUUGUUGUUAUUGUAAUAUUGUUGUGUUCCACUGCUUGGGUAGGGGGGAGGGUUUGUAGUUUGUGUCCAUUGGUACAAAGUAAAAAUAAAGAGUUAGCCACAAGGUGGUGCAAAUUUUUUUCACCUUUUAUUUUACAUUACAUUUAAAAGUAAUAACUUCAGUUUUAAGUCCUUUUUAAAAGGAGUCUGUUCUUUUUUUUUUACUUUAUUUUGAAGGAUUUUGAGCUUAUUUUUGAAUAACUGCUGUUCAACAAGAAAUGAAUAAGAAAAAAUAUUUGUGUUGUGACAUAUGCCAUUAUUUCUCAUUAGUUGGUUACAUGAGAAAUGUUUCUGUACAAAUUGUUGUGUAAUGGAAAUAGAGAAGUUAAAGAAUUAGGUAUAUAUAUUCUUAAAAAGUUGUUCACCAUUUUAAUAUCAAAGAUUUGCCCAUGUGUGUGUUUUUAAUAUACAUAUACUUGAGUUUAUUAAGUAAUGACGUAUAAGGGGUAUAAUAAACAUAAUGGAUCUAAGUAAUUAGGUAUUUUGCAUUAGUUACGAUAAGCUUGAUGUUUUUGCCCUGUGAAAGAAAUAACUAGUCUGUUUUUUGUUUGUUAUUUUAAUCAUGAGAGUAUUUUCAGAGAAAGUAAUGAAAACAAGUUAUAGUUAAUUCUAAAACAAGUGGUGUUAUUAAGUUCUUCUGAAAACAGAAGUUUUUCUGGUUAUAUAGAAUAGGGAGAACAGAAAAAAUAAAGGAAGUGAGGAAUGUGAAUUAUUUGUUCAAAUAAUUGCUUAGACAUUGCAUACUGUAAAAAAUUUUAAAAAUCUUAAGUUCUUAAUCCAUUCCCAAAGACCAAUUUUAUCUUUGUCUUUUCCAAAUUUUUUUUUCACUUUUAUGCAAAAGAUUCAGUUUCAAUUAUGGAAAUAAUCAGAUUCAUUUUUUAAUAGAUUACUUCAAGUUUAUAAAUUUCAUAUUUCAGCUCUCCGGUAAUUCUAAAUAUAACUAAUAAAAAUGUGACGACUUAUCGGUGUCAUGUUGGAGUGAAUUUUUACGUCAGUUUUACAUGUUCAUAAUAGUGAGGAAUGUUGUAAUUUUUUCCCCCUUAAUAAGUACAAAAUUUUAUGCAUUUCAUUUUAUUGAGGAUGGCAUUCAAGCAUUAAGUUUCACUACCAGAGGAAUUAAAGAAAAGGAAAAGGAUUUGGAGAAAAUAAAACUUCAUUUGAGUAAAUGGUUAUGAAGGGUUGAAAUGCAUAUUUAACAGAUAUUUACAAACAAUUUGUCUCUAUGUAUAUAGACAUAUAUUUUUGUCUGGUGUUAUAUUCCUUAUGCACUAGCCUUCAUGACUAGUAAUCUUGUUUCUUUGAAAAUCGUAAAAGGAAUUUUUAUAUUGAGAAAUAAUUGCAGAUGAUUUUAUUUGACACAGUUGUAUGGUUGUGAACUUAAUAAGAUGUUGUAGUGGGUAAUCCACGAGUUCGGUCUUUGGUUAACACUAAGAAAAGAGGUAAUCAACACACUAGUGAAUGAAAGGAAUUCAGCUUUGUGCUUUGCUUGUGUUUAUAUAUUCUUAAUGUACAAACUCUUUAAUUUGUGGAAAUUAUUCAGAUACCAUAAAUCAACUGCUAUUCCAUUCUUUGGUUAUACUAGUAUUAGUUAAUAAUCUUUUAGUAUUAAGUUGUGUUAGUGCAUUCGUAGUAUUUAAACAUAUCUCCUGGUACUUGUACACGAGGUGAUUAUUAUUAAUGUUGUUUUUGUUCAAUUUUUUGUUAAACUUCAAGUAUGUGAAUGAUCUGUACUGUCAGUAAAACAUAUUAUAAAGGUAUUACCAGCUAAUUUGUAGAUCAAAUGCCAGAAGUGUAUGGUUAAUAUAAGCAUGUUUAAUUCUAUGUACAGUAAAUCUGCAGUGUAGUCGAUUGUGUUCAUGAUAAAUUUGUUACUUGUAGAAAAGUAUUCCUUAGCCACGCUAUCAGUGCACUAAAAAACAGUUUAAAAAUUGUUUUUUUUUGUAUUUGAUUACAAUUUUUUUUAUCAGUGUCUCAGCCUGCAUUUGGCCUUACAAGUUCAUAAUCACAGAUCUCAACUUGAUUACAUUUCAUGUUCCUUAUCACUGACUUCUGCUAGAUUAAGUUAUGUGUUCAUUAUUUCAACCUCCAUUUUAUUUUCAUAAUCAGAGAUCUCAGCUUGAUUACACUGCUUGUUCCUUAUCACAGACUUUCACUAGAUUAAGUUAAGUGUUCAUUGUUUCAACCUCCAUUUGACCUCACAUGUUCAUUAUUACAGAUUAUCAGUAGAUUACAUUAUGUGCUCUUUGUUCCAACUUUUAUUUAUUUACAUUUCUUUAUCAUUACAUAUACUUUCACAAAAUCACUUUGUUCAUUAUUGCAGUCCUUAUUUGGCCACACUUGUUCAUUAUGAAAAAAGUUUUUCAUUAGAUUGCAGUUAUUAUAUACUUCCACAAAAUUCAUUAUCUGUUUAUUGUUCUAGCCUCCCUUUGACUGAGUUUCUUGUUUAUUAUCAUAUAUUUCAGCAAAAUUCAUUAUCUGUUUAUUGUUCCAGCUUCCCUUUAACUGAGUUAUCUGUUUAUUGUUCUAGCCUCCCUUUGACUGAGUUUCUUGUUUAUUAUUGUAUAUUUCAACAAAUAUCAUUAUCCGUUUAUUGUUCCAGCCUCCCUUUGACUAAGUUUCUUGUCUAUUAUCAUAUAAUUCCACAAGAUUUCAUUAUCUCUUUAUUGUUCCAGCUUCCCUUUAACUGAGUUAUCUGUUUAUUGUUUCAACUUCCCUUUGACUGAAUUUCUUGUUUAUUAUCAUAUACUUCCACAAAAUUCAUUAUCCGUUUAUUGUUCCAGCCUCCUUUUGACUAAGUUUAUUGUUUAUUAUCAUAUAAUUCCACAAGAUUUCAUUAUCUGUUUAUUGUUCCAGCCUCCCUUUAACUAAGUUUCUUGUUUAUUAUAAUACGCAUCCACGAGAUUCAUUAUCUGUUUAUUGUUCCAGCCUCCAAUUGACUAAGUUUCUUGUUGAUUGUCUUAUACUUCCACCAGAUACAUUAUCUGUUUAUUCUUCCAGCCUUCAGUUGAUUACAUUUAUUGUUAAUUAUCGUAUACUUCCAUGAUAUUACAUUGGCUGUUUAUUGUUCCAGUGAUUAUUUGAUUGCACUUGGUUAUGUUCUCUGUUUAUUCUUCUAGCUAUCAUUUAAUUAAAUUUAUAUACUUUAUUAGAUAUAUCUGAUUAGUACACUGUUUUGUUCAGUCUUCAAGCCCUCAUAUAAUGGUGUUGCAUAUCUUCUAUCCCAUUCUUCCACAUACAGUUUUGUUCCAGUCUCAUUUUAUUACACUUCACACUCUUUGUCCUAUAUUAUAUGUUUUAGUUCUUGAUCAUGCAUAUUUUACUAUAUUUUCUUUUAUUGUUUAAUUUAACUGCAAUUUAUUGUCAUUGUCCUAUGUCUCCACUUUAUUUUAAGCUUUCUGUUCAUUGUUCCAAAUCUCCACUUUAUUACACUUUUUGUUCAUUGUUCCAAAUCUCCACUUUAUUACACUUUCUGUUCAUUGUUCCAAAUCUCCACUUUAUUACACUUUUUGUUCAUUGUUCCAAAUCUCCACUUUAUUACACUUUUUGUUCAUUGUUCCAAAUCUCCACUUUAUUACACUUUUUGUUCAUUGUUCAAAAUCUCCACUUUAUUACACUUUUUGUUCAUUGUUCCAAAUCUCCACUUCAUUACACUUUUUGUUCAUUGUUCAAAAUAUUCACUUCAUCAUACUUUAUAUUCAUUGUAUUAAGUACCCAUGUAAUUAACUUUUUGUUCAUUAUCACAAAUCUCUAGAUAUUAAUUUUUGUUAAUUGUCCAAAGGUUUUAUUCAUUAUACCUUCUGCCCACUGUCCCAAAUCUACACUUCAUUAUAUUAUUGUGUCAAGUCUCUACAUCAAUAAACUUUCUGUUGGUUAUCUCAGAUCUCAAUCUUUUCAAAUCCUGUUUAUUUCCCAGGUUUUUACUUUACAUCACUUUCUGUUUAUUUUCUGAUUUUCAUGUGACUGAACUUCCUUUUCAAUUUAAACUUUUAUUUCAUUAUUCCAUGCUUUCUUCUAGUCAUUCUUUAGUUUCAGCAACUGUUAAAAGCUAAUGUAAUUAAUCUGCUUUAUAAUUGUGUAUAUAAAAAUAUUUAGAGAAAAAAAACCUGUGGAUUAUUUGUUUUCUUUAAAAAAUUGUUUAUAGUGUCUGCCUCUCCAGUUUCUAGCCUUUUAAACUGGCUUAUUUUACCAGGUGGACCACAGUUUGCUGUACUUUAUGUGAUUAGAGCAGCUGCCUUCUUGUCAUAGACUGUAAUGCCAAAAUUAUUUCAUUUACUAUUGCUAUAGUUUUGCUGUAGCCAGCUCUAUGGAACUUUAUGUUUAAGAAUCCACAUUAUAAAGGACAUGCUAAAGCUAAAAUAUAUAUUGGUAGAAAAUUUAAUUAGAUUUUUAUGUAGCCUUAUGGAUAUAUUCUCCAAUGCAGGAUACCACCUAGUGUUGUCAGUUGUGCACUUGUUUCUUCUAAACAUAACCAAAUUUUCUAAUAUGCCAUUCUAUGCUAUCCCACCAUCAAUCCAGUGAGUAAGAACCAACCAGUUUCACACUCUGCCCACGUUUGGUCUGUGAUCUGACAGCAACUAAUCCCUUCCCCCAAUUUAUAUAUGGAGUUUAAACUGUUUCCUUGAGUAUCUUAAAGCACACCCCUACCUUGUGAAAAUAAGUUUUUUUAUCAAAAUUUGUUCUUUAAAAAAACCCAAUUAUGCCCUUUUUAAUUAAAAACUGGUUCCAUGAAGAGCCUCAAUCUUGCCCCUAUUUAUUGAAAAGAAAUAAUUUUGUCUUAUAUUUUAAUCUAAGCUAGUUCUUUGAAGAGCCUCAAUCAUACUACUAUUAAGUAAAAAGAAACAGGUUUAUUUUUAGUCUGAGCUGGCUCCUUAACUUUUAUUCAAUUUUUUUUUGUCAGUUUCCAAGUACAUUAUUGUUCAAUUUAUAAAAAAUAACAGGAACCUAACAUUACCUCCAACUGUUAAUAAUAGUUAACUCUUAGCCAGAACUUUAUGAAUAUAUAGUUAAGCAUUUGUUUACUCAGUGGAAGAUGUAACAGAAUGUGCUCUUAUACUGAAUUGUCAUUCCUUCAACAGAGAAGUAUUUAUAAUAACGAUACUUUUUGUGGACAGAGUGUGAACUAAGGCUGCCGUCUUCAGUGGCUGUAUUCAUGCUAAAUAAAAUAUUGGCAUUUUA